GGGCCGGACGUUGGAGGUGUUGUUUAUUUGAUAGAGCAGCGUGUGAUUAACGCUCGAUUAGAAAGGUUGGAGUCUUCUCUAGAUGGGAUCACGCGUGCGAUGGACUCCUUGACUAGGAGUGUGGAUCGUUUGCUCCAUGGAUCGUUUGCUCCACGCCCAGGCCAUCGGAGUCUCCAGUUCGGUUACCGACGCUCAUAUGCCAGCCAACAUCAACAGUGGAUUAUUGCCGGAGAGGUUGAUAAAAGAAAAGGAAGCAAAAGAGCAUGAAAAGAAAGAAGAGGCUCACCUUUACACCAUUAUAAAGGUGGCACGAGAUGAAGAUCUUGCAAAACAGAUUGGAAGAGAUAUAUAUUUUGAUCUUGUAGACCAUGACAGAGUGAAAUGUUUUCGUGUCAAAAAGCAGAUGCUUUUUAGCCAUUUCAAGGAGGAGGUUGCAAAAGAGUUUGGCAUACCAGUGCAAUUUAUGCGCUUUUGGUUUUGGGCAAGGCGUCGAAACCAUUCCUACCGCCCUGACUGGCCAUUGACGCGCCUUGAGGAAACCACAUUUUUAGUUGGGCAAUUGAGAGAAGUUUCAAACAAAGUUCACAAUGCAGAGCUAAAGUUGUUUUUGGAAGUGGAGCUGGGGCUGGAUUUACGUCCCAUUGCACUGCCAGAGAAGACAAAAGAUGAUAUAUUACUUUUCUUCAAGCUAUAUGAUCCUGAGAAAGAGGAACUGCGAUAUGUUGGAAGGCUUUUUGUGAAGAGUUUUGGUAAGCCAUCAGAGAUAUUAACAAAAUUAAAUGAAAUGGCUGGUUAUCAUCCUGAGGAAGAGAUUGCACUUUUUGAGGAAAUUAAGUUUGAACCAAAUGUCAUGUGUGAACCUAUUGACAAAAAACUCACAUUUCGAGCAAGCCAGCUAGGAGAUGGAGAUAUUGUUUGCUUUCAAAAAGCAGCCGCUAUGGAUAGUGACGAACGUGUCCGCUAUCCAGAUGUGCCUUCAUAUUUAGAAUAUGUCCACAAUCGUCAGGCUGUUCACUUUAGAUCUCUGGAUAAACCUAAGGAAGACGAUUUCUGCCUAGAGAUGUCAAGGCUUUAUACAUACGAUGAUGUGGUGGAGAGAGUAGCGCAACAACUUGGUUUGGAUGAUCCAUCCAAAAUCAGGCUCACCCCACAUAACUGUUACUCUCAACAACCUAAGCCACAGCCUCUUAAGUACCGUGGGGUGGACCAUCUGUCUGACAUGCUUGUUCAUUACAACCAGACUUCAGAUAUAUUGUACUAUGAAGUACUUGACAUUCCACUGCCAGAAUUGCAAGGUUUGAAAACUCUGAGAGUUGCAUUUAAUCAUGCCACUAAGGAUGAGGUUGUUAUUCAUACUAUCAGACUCCCAAAGCAGAGCACAGUGGGGGAUGUCCUUGAUCAUCUUAAAACGAAGGUGGAGUUGUCUCAUCCCAAUGCUGAGCUUAGGCUGCUUGAAGUCUUCUAUCACAAAAUAUACAAGGUCUUCCCCCCCUCGGAAAAGAUUGAGAACAUUAAUGAUCAAUACUGGACGUUACGUGCGGAGGAGAUUCCGGAAGAAGAGAAAAAUCUUGGGCCUCAUGAUCGUCUGAUUCAUGUGUACCAUUUUACCAAGGACAAAGCUCAAAACCAAAUGAAAAUUCAGAAUUUUGGGGAUCCCUUCUUUUUGGUCAUACAUGAAGCGGAGACUUUAGCUGAUAUUAAAGUGCGAAUACAACAGAAACUUCAAGUUCCAGAUGAGGAGUUUGCCAAGUGGAAGUUUGCAUUUCUUUCACUUGGGCGGCCUGAGUACCUUCAGGACUCAGACAUUGUAUCCAGUCGAUUUCAGAGGAGGGAUGUUUAUGGUGCUUGGGAGCAGUAUCUUGGCUUAGAGCAUGCUGAUAACGCUCCUAAAAGACCACAUACUGUUAAUCAGAAUCGCCACACGUUUGAGAAGCCAGUAAAGAUUUAUAAUUAGGAAACCAAUAUUGAUGAGUUCUUUUGCUACGUGGGAUGAAUUUGGCCUUCUAAAUUAAGGAAUGGGCUUGUAAAGACCGCGGUCAUAUCAGGAGAGUACUCUGUAUAGGCAACAAGUGAGAUCAAUCAGCAUCAGUGGUCGUGUCUGCAGGAUUUUAUUCUAAAUUUUGUGGUCAUGUAAUUCUUUCUGUCCAUGGAGUGACAUUGCUCCUAGCACUCUGUAUCUGCCGACCGCAGCCUCUUGAGCUCUUUACUUCCGUUUUUAUAUGGAGGUUCUUCCCAGUUGAGGUCAUUCAUCAUCCUCAGUGCACUGUAUCAGUACAUAAGAUUUUUGGAUUAGUGAGUGUAUACAGGGUAUAGUUGGUUGACUCAUUGCCUUUUUUCUUGCUUUGCUUCUUUAUCUUUUCCCCAGUUAGUGCUCUGCUUAAGUUCUAAGCUUUCAAGUGAGGACUGCAUAAUGAAUGAUGUAGCAGAGGUAGGUUUCUGUAGUGUUGUAAAAGAGACUUUUCAGCCUCGGUUGAACUUUUAAUUUGGCAUUCUCCAUCACUAGAUCCAGUGAUUGGUUUACACUUUCUA